AUGGCCACAAACGACAUUAAAUCCCCAAACGCAAAUCGCAUGUCCACCAUCUCCACCACAUCCGUCAGUAAACACUACACCACACCACACUACCCGUGGCACCCUAACCUCAAGCUCCCGUUCCGUAACAUAACAACCGAUGCCUCAGCCACCGCCGAACUUUCUCUCGUCGUUGAUGAACUUCUAAAUUCCCUCUCGAAUAAAUUUGCUGGUGUUUCGAGCGAGAUUUUCGCGAAGAUGGACGAAAUGUCGCGACGUUUAGAUAAUCUAGAGGCGACUCUACAAAGUAACAUGGAAUUGAAGGAUGGAAGAGGGAGUCCUACAAAGAUGUAG